AUGCUUUUCACACUCGCCUCCGCCGCCUCGCUAUUGGCUGCCUCCUCCCUAGCGGUACCCGUCUCGACUGCGUCCAAAGUCAUCGCUCGUGAUGGCCAGAUCACCUGCUCCCCGAGCUACCUCGGCGCAGGCAAGGGAGGUGGCCGCCUCAUAUUGAACAAUUCGACGCCCAACGGCACCUCCGCUGCUGGAAGGCCCAUCCCGUACGUGGCAAAGAGCAUCUCUGGCGACCCGCUCUCCGCAGCCUUGGUAGUAAAUCCGGACAACAUCGAUGACGUGUAUCGCUUCUACAGUUGCUCUUCAAAGUCCCUCGGCGUCGAAGCUAAGGAGACGGUGCGCGACGACGAGGGUAACGACAUGACGACUGACUACGGCUUGCUGGUCAAGACGUCGAAAAACGCUGGCGACCAGCCCCUGACGGACGGCAACUUCCAAUGCAUCGUCUCCUCGCAGUCCCCGCCUGAGGAAGACCACUUCCACUCGCCCCUCUUUGUCUCGCCUUGCACCCUUGAGGACAUUGCCGAGAAGCAGAAUCGCCAAUUCUGGAGCGUAUCAGAGGGUUCUCUGGUCUUCAAGUACAGGGGGCUACCUGAGUUUGAGCAUUACCUCAAGACACGCGAUGGGACGUUGGACAAAGCCCAGACGAUUCUGGUGCAGCAGGGGCAGGACGUGAGAUUCAAUGGGCUCUACUUUGAAGAUCUUGACUAA